UGAUAAAAAAAUAUCAAAAUUCGACGAUGGCACUUGAUGACGCUAUUCGAGCAGAUAGAAAUAUGACAGAACGGUAAGAGUCGAGAUGUCACCAUCGUGUUUUUUUCAAUGUAUUUGACAAGAUUGUGUGGCACAGUCGUAUUUGAAGUGACUUCGGGAUGUGCCGUAUAUUACAAUCGAUAAGAUACGCGAGUUUUCGGCUAUCAUAUGCCGCCAGCUUGUCGCCGCGGAUGUAAACAUAACCUAAUUCUAACCUAGAGACGCAAUCGCAAUCUUUCCUACCGCUGACAUCGCUUCUUUUCCGAUAUAUGAUACUUUAUGAGUAUCUUUUGAUCGACCCGUUAAGAUGGAAGACGAGGAGUGCUUUCAACCAGUCUUGAGCUCUCAGGAGGAAGAUAAUUUUCAGCAAUUAAAUACCGUGUCGGUUGUGUCGAUUUCACUUUUACUUGGAGUUUUAUUGGAGAUCACUGGGAUUGUAUUUGUAUCUAUUUGGCCAAAGGAACAGAACAAAUGUGACACGUAUUUUAUAUACUUAUAUCUUCACUGCGCCUAUUGGCUAAUAGUCAUGGCGAUAGAUCACAUUGUCAAAGCGAGACACCAUAAUUUGCGUAUUAAUGGAUACCUAGAUUUCUAUCAAUCAACAUAUCAACUUAUAAGGACGCCCCUUUUCAUUGCGUCGUUAUGGAGUACAUGCUACUUAUUGCUCGCUGUGAUUCUACAUCACACACAUAAAGUUGACUACGAGCAGUAUUGCAGAAAGUCAGAGUGGUUCACGCCGCUUAACUAUAUUUUUCUCCUAACCACUUUGGAACUCAUGAUAAUCUUACCAGCUUACAUUAAUUAUAUCAAGAGAGUUAUGAAGUUUAAUCGUUUACGUCCAUCGCCCGAUGUCACUCGCGACGAAUGGCUGUCGCCCUUUACGCAGGAUUCUUACUCCGGAAUGGGGGAAAUCGGGUAUCGGCAAAAGGGGAGGAAUUUGGAGGAACUGCUGGAAAAGCAGGCGGACAUGAUAAGAUAUCUGAAGGAUCACAAUGUAAAGCUAAGUCAUACAAUAAUGCUAUUAGCGUCUCAACACAGAGCGACAGAGACAUAAAGCAAAACUGAUUACAUAUCUCUUUUAUGAAAUUGACGCUUAUUAUUAUCUAUAAUAAUAGUAACGUUAUAUCGGAGAUUAGAAUUAUAAUUUUUUAAAUGUGAUACAUAUGACAUGUCUUUUCAUGAAUUCGAUUGAUUCGAUCACAGAUUUUAUACUAGUAUUAGAUUACUAAUUUCGACAAAAACGCUGUAAACAGUCGGAUAUCCGAUUGAGUUCAAUAACUCCAAUCAUUUUGCACAUAAACAACAUAUACACAUCGUAUACAUAUAUAUAACACAUAUAUUGUCGCUGCCAUUAAAUUAACUCAGAAGUUAGCGAUCUAGUACUAGUAUCUGUGGGUCCGAUACACAUUAGAUAUAAUAAUUGAAUUUCGGUAUACAAUACACAUAAUAAAUGUACAUA